AUGAAGACUUUCCAUGCAGCAUCGGUAGAAGGCCUUUGCCGUGUCUUUUGGCACAUUUUCCGCAUCUCUUUGUCCUUUGGGCUUUUAUUUUUGGAUAACUUCAUUUUAUUAGCUACAAUCUUGUUUGCGCGACUUCGCUCGACAUCAUCAUCAAAUCGACGACAGGAAGCUCUGCAAGAUGUACAUUUCUAUCCCAAGACCGUCUUAAUCACCGGAAUCGGAACGUCGCCGGGUCUUGCCCUUGCACGAGCUUGGGAAGCAGCUGGCCAUCGGGUGGUAGGAGUGGAUGUUACUGAUCUUGAUUUUCGCCUUCCUGUACGAUCUGGAGGCGGCAUGUCCAAGACAUUGGUCGCAUUUUAUCGAGUUCCGAAGGACCACUAUCUCUCCAGAAUAUUAGAUAUUAUUCUGCGUGAAAAGGCCGAUAUCUGGAUUCCAUGCUCACCCAAAGCAUCUGCUAUUGAGGAUGCUACUGCUCGACAAGUGGUGGAGAGGCGCACAAAUUGCAAGUGUAUUGCUUUUGAUCCAGACACGACCGCCUGUUUUCGCAAUGCAGACACCUUUCGUCAAUAUUUGACAGAGAAGAAACUCCCUGUGCUUGAGAAUCACCAAGUGCAAUCGCGCGACUCUAUUCACAAAAUUCUGAAUCGCUCGCCUAGCAAAUCUUACCACAUGCGCCGUCUGAGCUCUGGCCCCAAGGAAGCAGCCGUCAUUCUGCCCAAGCGUUCCCUUAGCAAGACGUACUCGGAAGUCAGCGAAAUCCAGAUCUCUCAAGAAUUCCCCUGGGUGCUGCAGCAACAAACCCGACUCGGAGAGUUCUUCGCCGAUGUGCUGCUCAUCCGUGGCUAUGUUCACGCCAUCAAGGUUAGGCUGGUGGAGGCGCGCUCUCCGCACUGGGGUGCUUCGCGAUUAGACGAAGCUCUAGCCAAAGCCGUUCACCAACUAAUGCAAAAAUUCGCGGAGAAAGGCGGUUCCCGUCUCACGGGCCAUCUCUCGGUGCGUCUCUUGGUCGAUGAAGAAUUUGAGGCGUCCUCCGUGCGUCACACCAUUCACAUCGCGGAUUGUGUCUCUGGUGCUGCGGCUCUAGAGAGUCUAAUUCUUGAUGCGCGGUGCCCUGUCAAGGGAUACCUCGCGGUGUUAUCUCCUGAUCCGACCGAGCCUACUCCCCGAAGCGUUCCUACAACACUAUCACCAAGUCCCCGCUCUCGACCAACUAUAGUAGAUCACGAGCUUGUUGCCUCAUUCCUUUCUCGGUUUCUUUCUUUGAGCUUUACGAAGCGACUAGUGGCUGCACUCGAGGCAGAGGUGAUACCGUUCCUCUUCUGGAAAGAUGCGCAAUUCUCUACUGAUGAUCCUUUGCCAUGGUGGUGGCAUGUGCAUGUAUACCAGCCUUUGCGUGAGGUUUGGCAGCUAUUGAGGAAGACGCGGGAGGCUGGAUUGACCGAUACCGUUGUCCGAUGA